UCGCAGCCAGCGGAACGUUUGUGCGUCGCCGCCGCGCGCAGGGGAAGGACUUCCGCCGAGGCCUUGGAGCGGACUGGACGGAGCUUCCGGGUAGAGCGGCGUCCUACGGGACCGGAUACUGAAUAAUACAUUUAAGGAAAAAAUGGAUGAAGAACCUGAAAGAACUAAGCGAUGGGAAGGAGGCUAUGAAAGGACAUGGGAGAUUCUUAAAGAAGAUGAGUCAGGAUCACUUAAAGCUACGAUAGAAGACAUUCUCUUCAAAGCAAAGAGAAAAAGAGUAUUUGAGCACCAUGGACAAGUUCGACUUGGAAUGAUGCGUCAUCUUUAUGUGGUAGUAGAUGGAUCAAGAACAAUGGAAGACCAAGAUUUAAAGCCAAAUAGACUGACUUGUACUUUAAAGUUAUUGGAAUACUUCGUAGAAGAAUAUUUUGAUCAAAAUCCUAUUAGUCAGAUUGGAAUAAUUGUAACAAAGAGUAAAAGAGCUGAAAAACUGACCGAACUCUCAGGAAACCCAAGGAAACAUGUAACAUCUUUGAAGAAAGCUGUAGAUAUGACCUGUCAUGGAGAGCCAUCCCUCUAUAACUCCUUAAGCAUGGCUAUGCAAACUCUAAAACACAUGCCUGGACAUACAAGUAGAGAAGUCCUAAUCAUCUUUAGCAGCCUCACAACUUGUGAUCCGUCUAAUAUCUAUGAUCUAAUCAAGACCCUAAAGGCAGCUAAAAUUAGAGUGUCUGUUAUCGGAUUAUCUGCAGAGGUUCGGGUUUGCACUGUACUUGCUCGUGAAACUGGUGGCACAUACCAUGUUAUUUUAGAUGAAAGCCAUUAUAAAGAAUUGCUGACACAUCAUGUUAGUCCUCCGCCUGCUAGCUCAAGUUCUGAAUGUUCACUUAUUCGCAUGGGAUUUCCCCAGCAUACCAUUGCUUCUCUGUCUGAUCAAGAUGCAAAACCCUCUUUCAGUAUGGCGCACUUGGAUAGCAACACUGAGCCAGGACUAACAUUAGGAGGGUAUUUCUGCCCACAGUGUCGGGCAAAGUACUGUGAGCUUCCAGUUGAAUGUAAAAUCUGUGGUCUUACUUUGGUGUCUGCUCCGCAUUUGGCACGGUCUUACCAUCAUUUAUUUCCUUUGGAUGCUUUUCAAGAACUUCCUCUAGAAGAACAUAAUGGAGAAAAAUUUUGUUAUGGAUGUCAGGGGGAAUUGAAAGACCAACAUGUCUAUGUUUGUGCUGUGUGCCAAAAUGUUUUCUGUGUGGACUGUGAUGUUUUUGUUCAUGACUCUCUUCACUGUUGUCCUGGCUGUAUUCAUAAGAUUCCAACUUCUUCAAGUAUUUGAUUCCAACAUAUAGUACACAUUGUAUGUGUUAAAAGGACAUUUGCAAGUGUUAAUAAAGUGAUUCUUCAGAAGAAGCUCCAAUUAAGAUAUGAAGACCAGUUUGAAAGGAAAAUCUGAUUUAAGAAACUUUUUGCUAAGAAAAUGUAGGAUUGGGGCACCUGGCUCAGUCAUUUGGAAGAGCAUGAGACUCUUGAUCUCAGGGUUAUGAGUUCGAGCCCUACGAUGGAUUGCUACAAGGUAAAAUAAACUUAAAAAAAAGGGAGAGGUGAGGGGGAAAAAAGAAAAUGUAGGAUUUUAUUAAAUUUUAAAAUUUGUGUCCUGUCACAGAAAUGCCCAGAAUGUAAUACUAGUUCACUGGGUUAAUUUUGUUUUCUCUUAUUUUGUUAUAAUGUUUUCGAAGUCAUCACACAUUAUUGUAUUUAAGUUACUUAUGAUUAAAUUGUGGUAAUUUCAUUGCUUUAUAAUUAAAGUAAAUACAGAAUCUCUAAUUUACUUCUAUUCAAUUUUAGUGUGAACAGAAAAUUAAGUGUAAAUGUGAAUUCAGAGGCACCUGGGUGGCACAGCUGGUUAAGCAUCUGCCUUCGAUUCAGGUCUUGAUCCCAGGGUCCUGGGAUCGAGUCCUACAUCGGGCUCCCUGCUCAAUGGGGAGUCUGCUUCUCCCUGUGCCUCUCUCCCCCACAAGCACACUGCUUGUGCUCUGUGCUCUGUCUUGUGCUCUCUCUCAAAUAAAUAUUUUUUAAAAAAAGCCUAAGUAGAUUUUAUUGUAAUGUUUAAGAAAGUACCAUGUACUGAGUGCCUCCUAAGUCCAUACCAAGCAUGCAGGUCGGGUACCACCUUAUCUGUCAUGUGCCAGGCAGGUUAUGCAUAGACAGGGGAAAUCCCAGGAGAGAUUUGGACACCUUAAAACUGAGGACUCUGGCUGUCCACAGGAUGGUGGCCCUGAAGAAAUAAAUGAGUCACGUGAUAGUUAAUUUGCUCAUGUGAGGAGAGAACAGUGGCUAGAAUGGUCACCUUCCUGUUAGUAUUGGAACUGGGACUAACCUAGCCUCUUGACUCCCAGACCACUUCUUACUACAAUACGACUAGAAAGGACCCGUAUAUUUGAAAUAGAGGAAUUUUUUUUUAAAAGUUAAUUUAAAAAUUGCUUCACUUUUGUGGAUAGGAAUAUGUUUUGUAAAUGGUGUUCAAUAUACCCUUUAAAAUUUCAAAAUUGAUUUCCAUUUUUUUUAAAGUUUAUUUAUGUAAGUAAUCUCUACACUCAAUGUGGGGUCUGAACUCACAGCCCCGAGAUCAAGAGGCAGGUGUCCCAUUAAUUUCCAUUUUUAAGAAGUUGUGUUUUGUUCAGCAGAUGAAAUACAAGUAUCUCUGCUUCUUGAAAGUUUGCAUUUAAGCCACUUCUGUGAAAGACCUACAUUGGUACCUGUUUUAUCUAACCUAAAGAAGUCUGGGAGGACCUGGGGGGUUCAGCGGCUAAGCGUCUGAUUUCAGCUUAGGUCAUGAUCUCAGGGUCUUGAGAUCCAGCCCUGAGUCAGGUUUUGUGCAGAGCUGAGCAGGGAAUCUGCUUCUUUCUCUCUGUCUCUCUCUUUCUCUCCCCGCCCCUCCCCCUGCUUGUGUGCGCUCUCUCAAAUAAAUAAAUCUAAAAAAAGAAAUCCGGAGAGGAUUUUCACUUUUAUAAAAAAAAACAAAAAGCAAAAAUAGUGCUCAGCAUUUGGUUUGCAGCAAGCCCUUCUAGUGCAGGCCCCUCUCGGGGCCAUGAGAGCGGCACCACCAGGCUCCUUCCGGGGAACUACACUCAGCAUCUCAGCAUCAAGCUGCCAGGGCUUUGAGCUGUCUGUGAGCAUUGGUGCUUAAUCUUCAUUCAUCUGGUGCAUUAGUUAGCAAGAUGUGUCCUAAGUAUCAGAAAAACCUAACAGAGGUUAUCUUUGGGGUCUGGGAAAGCUCAAAAAGUUUUCCAUAUUAAUUAAUGAUAAUAGACUCUUUGCUUUAUGCUGUUUGGUUUAUGAAAAUGGGAAUGCUCUACUUUGGAGUAGCAGAGGAAACCUGUAUAGUACUAUUUUAUAUAAUUUCCUUUACUCCCAGUAACUUAUGUGUAACUGAUGUAGGAAAGAUGUUGGGGUUCAGAGCUGAUGACCAAGAAAGAAUUCUUGAGAUAUCUUUGGUGCAGAAAGAUGUUUUUAUUAGAGCAAGGGGACAGGACCUGUAGGCAGAAGGAGCUGCACUGGGGUCACGAGGAGUGGCCCAUUAUAUACUUUCAAGUUGGGAGGGAGUUUGGGAUAGUGUAAGCGUCCCAGGUAUUUUGGAAAUAAAUAAAUAAAAUCUUAAAAAAAAAAAAAAGAAACAAGGUUUCCAGGACAUUGAGGGGGCUAGCUGUUGUUAGGAAAAGGUCAUUUAUUACUGUUGAGUAAAAACUCCAUCAUAAGACCCUUCAGAUGGAUAUCAGUGGGUCAUAUUCUUGGGGAAUGAUUGCUAACAUAUCUUAGGAGGUAGAGAUAAAGGUAGUUUCCAGAGGAAUUUCUAUAUGUUCAAGUAGACUUACAGGAUCCAGGAGUGCGGAGGUUCGGGCUAAGAUUGCCUUUGCCCUUUUAGCAAAGUAUUAACAUCGAGGCAGCUGAGUCCCUAGAGGAAUGUCGCUCUACCUGUUUCAAGGACUUGAGAGUGGGCUGUAGGUAGUAAGGA